GGAAGGUUCAUUGAAUUACGCAAGCAUAUCACUGUCUUGGUUAUAUAAUUUUAAAAUUCUGUGCAUUACUUACAUACGCAGAGUUCAAAACUAUCUCUUCUCUAAGUAGUCUUUCAUCAAGUGUGAAGUGUAAUAAUGGCUUCAUCAUCAUCUUCUUCUUCUUCUUCUUCUUCCAGAGUUUCUAAAAAAUAUCAUGUUUUUCUUAGCUUUAGAGGUGAGGAUACACGUGACAACUUUACAAGCCAUCUCUAUGCAGCUCUGUGUUCAAAGAAUAUCAACACUUUCAUAGACGAUGAUAAGCUUGAUAAAGGAGAUGAAAUUUCAGAAGCACUUUUGAAUGCGAUCGAAGAAUCAAUGAUCGCAGUUAUUGUCUUCUCGAAAGGUUAUGCCACAUCUAGAUGGUGUCUUGAAGAACUUGCAAAGAUCAUUGAAUGCAAGAAAACGAGAGAUCUGAUGGUAGUGCCAGUUUUCUAUCACGUGGAUCCAUCAGAUGUAAGGAAUCAAACUGGAACGUUUGGAGAAGCAUUUGUGAACCAUGAAGAAAAGCAGAGCUCAGAGAAGGUGAUGAGAUGGAGGAAUGCUUUGAAUGAAGCAGCUAAUCUGUCCGGAUUUGAUUCAAGUAACAUUAGGUCUGAAGCUGUGUUGAUAAGGGAAAUUGUCAACAAAAUAUUGAAAGAACUGAAUAAAAUGUCCCCGAGUGAAAACAAGGACCUUGUUGGGAUAGAAUCAAAAAUAGAGAAACUUGAAUCGCUAUUACGUCUUGAGUUAAAAGAUGUUUGCAGGAGUGUUGGGAUUUGGGGAAUGGGUGGUAUAGGCAAGACAACUCUUGCUCGUGCAUUAUUCACCAAAAUCUCAAGUCAAUUUGAGAGUGUCCUCUUUCAAGAUGUCAAGGACAAGUCAGAAAAGAUUGGAUCAAUUUGUUUGGGCGAAGAACUUCUUUCUGCAAUAUUAGAAGAUCGAUGGGCUGUUUUAGAGUCCACCUUCACCAAAAGCAGGUUUCACAAUAAGAAAGUUCUUAUUGUUUUUGAUGAUGUGAUAUGUUCAGAGCAAAUACAAAAGUUAAUUGGAGAUAUUAAAUGUUUGGGUCCUGGAAGUCGAGUCAUUAUUACUGGAAGAGAUAAACAAGUGCUUAAAACUUGUGGAGUAAGUCAUGGUAACAUAUAUAAAGUUGAGGAAUUACCAUCUGAUGAAUCUCUUUUACUUUUUAGUCGUCAUGCAUUUAAACUGGAUCAUCCCCCUAUAGAUUACUUGAAGCUAUCAAAAGGAGUAAUAAAAUUUGCUCAAGGUGUUCCAUUAGCUCUUAAAGUUUUGGGUUCUUCGCUAUUUGAGAGGGAAAAAUUUUGCUGGGAAAGUACAUUGACUAACCUAGAAAAAAAUCCAAAUCCAAAUCCAGAGAUCCAAGAUGUGCUGAAAAUAAGUUACAAUGGACUUGAUGAUCAAGAGAAAAAUAUAUUUCUAGAUAUUGCAUGCAUUUUUAAAAGAGGUGAUAGAUGUAUUGCAACGGAAAUCCUUGAUGAUCGCGAUUGUGAUCCCAAAAUAGGAGUAUGCAAUCUCAUUGACAAGUCUCUUAUAAGUACUAUGUAUUAUAGAAAUCACAUAGAAGUGCAUGAUUUGUUACAACAAAUGGGAGAGAAAAUUGUCCAGCAAGAAUCUAAAGAACCAGGUAAACGCACUAGAUUAUGGCGUCUUGAUGAUAUCUAUGAUGUGUUAACAAAAAACACGGGAAGUAAAGCAAUUGAAUGCAUCUCCUUGGAUGUUUCUAAAAUAAAAGAGAUAAACUUGAAGUGCAAUGCUUUCUUGAAGAUGAAAAACCUCAGAUUCUUGGACUUUUAUUACUCAGAGAUAAAUGGAAGUGGUUUCAGGAGGUGGCGUUUUUUUUGCGUGUGUUGCUUAGAGGAUGGAGAGACUUGUGAAUAUUGCACAGUGGAUAAAGAGAAUGUGAAUAAGGUGCAUGCAUUGCAAGGCCUAGAAUUCGGUCCAUGUAACAUAAGGUUCUUUCGCUGGUUUGGAUAUCCUUUGGAUUCAUUGCCAUCAAAUUUUGAGGUGGAAAAUCUUUUUGCACUUAUCAUGCCGUGGAGCAAAAUUAAACAACUCUGGAAUGGUCUCCAGCAUUUAGAAAAGUUGAAGCAUAUCAACCUCAUCAACUCCAAGCACCUAAUUAGAAUUCCAGAUCUCUCAUUAGCCCCAAAUCUUGAGAUUUUGAUUCUACAAGGUUGUACAAGUUUGAUUGAGGUUCAUUCAUCAAUUCAAUAUCUAAAUAAGCUGGUUAUCCUGAAUCUUAAAGGUUGCAAAAGCCUUAACAGUCUUCCCGCCAACAUGCAAUCAAAAUUUCUUACAGUUCUCAUUCUCUCUGGUUGCUCAAAUCUCAAGAAGGCUCCAAAGAUCAAAUGUAACAUGGAGUACGUAUAUUUUGAUGGAACAUCUAUAACAGAGUUGCCCUUGAUUGAAAAUCCAGCAAGACUAAGAUGGUUGUAUCUUGAUGACUGUCCAAGACUUGAAAGUCUCCCAAGCAACAUUUGUGAGUUAAAGACUCUGACGGGACUUUAUGAAUUGUCCUUGAGCGGAUAUAGGAUUGUGAAGUCAGAAUGGCCUCUUUUAAUAGAUUUGAGCUUUCUACCUGUCUUAAAUUUAUCUCAUUGUCAAAUCAUGAGUUUACCUUACACUAGUGGUAAUUUUGUUUCUCUAAUGAAGUUAAAUCUAAGCAGAAACAACUUUGAAUGGAUACCAUCAAGCUUCAAACAACUUAACUUGCAGAAGCUAGACAUAAGCUAUUGUGAGAGGCUUAAAUGCUUACCAGUAAGCGCUAUGAUUGUUGAAGCAUACAAUUGUAUAUCAUUGGAGUCAUGUGAUUUUGAUUUAUCCUCGGUGAAGGAUGCCAACUUUGGUAACUGUUUAAAACUGGAUGAGAAUGUCCGGAAACAAUGUGGGAUGUUCCAUCUGGGACCGCUCAAUCGUUUUCUCUUUCCUGGAAAUGAAAUUCCAGAGUGGUUCAGCUUCCAAAAUGUGGGAUCUUCUAUAACUCUCGAGGUGCCACCACCACAUCCUCCGCAUGUCUACCCUGGUUUGAAAGUGUGCCUUGUUGUAACAUCUCAAGACCAUAACAAAGCUCCCCAAUAUUUGGAUUUUCGUUAUAAGGUGAUUACCAUGGAUGAACAUGGUAAGACACUCCGUAAAAAUGGUAGGACGCUGGGGAUGGGGAUGGGGAUGACAAGAUUUAAAGACAACAGUCUUAUGUCAGAUCAUGUAAUGGUAUCGAAUAUUUUACAAUGUUUCUGGUGCGAAAAAACCUGUUAUCUUACUUUUGAUUUCAGUGGAAAAUCUUACAAUGUGGUGAAGUGUGGGCUUCGUAUAGAUUAUCACCGCCGCCGUUCUAAAGAACAAGUGAAACAACAUAAGGGAGAUUUCAGCUCAAACAUGGAAGAGGGACCACAACCCAAAAGACUGAAAUUUUAGUUACUUUUCAUUCAGGGAAGUAAAGCACUUGAAUGCAUCUCCUUGGAUGUUUCUAAAAUAAAAGAGAUAAACUUGAAGCGCAAUGCUUUCUUGAAGAUGGACAACCUCAGAUUCUU